GUUGGUGGAGGAAGACAAGCCCAUGAGUCUAGCUAUGGCUUGGAGGAUGAGCUUCAUUUGCCUCAUCAAGGCGAGAGGGAGGUGGAGAUGGUUUCCAGUAGAGGAGUCAUUCCAUCCUCCAGCCCUAAAUUUCUACUGUCGAAAAAAAUCUACUGCACCUGAGAAGGUCCUGGGCAGGGUUGGUGGUGCUGCCCCUGAUGCAAAUGCAAAGGAGCCUGGAAGUACACUGGACAAGCUCUUCUCUCCAGAAGAGCGGGCUUCUAUUUUGCAUGUAUUGAACACAGCAUCUGAUAAAGAACUCAAAGGUUUCAGAUUGCUUCGUGGAAGAAAGUCCAUCAGUAUUUCAGAACACAGGAAAAAAUUUGGGCCAUUUGAGAAUUUGGAGAGUUUGAUAAAUGUGCCCUUGUUCCAACAUAAAACUGCUGUUCAAGUUUGUAGUUCCAUUCUUUGUUCAGAGACUGGAAGGAAAAAAGGAAAAGAAAAACCACCCCUGAGAAAGUUCAUCAAACCAGAUGUAGAAGAAGAGAGACUUAAGGCAGUUAACAGUAUCGUAUCUAUUGUUUUUGGUACUCGAAGAAUUGCGUGGGCUCACCUUGAUCGUAAAUUGACAGUGCUAGACUGGCAGCAAACUGAGUGUUGGAAAUUAAGUAACAGAACAUACCCAUCAUCUGUCUAUCUGGAAGAGAUUUCUUCAGUCAUUUCAAAGAUGCCUAAAGCAGACUUCUACGUUCUGGAAAAAUCAGGACUUUCCAUUCAGAACACGUCUCUGUUUCCUAUACUGUUGCAUUUUCUUAUCACGGAAGCUAUGCUGUAUGCCUUAUUAAACAAAACCUUUGCCCAGGAUGGCCAGCAUCAGGUGCUGAGCAUAAAACGAAAUGUAGUGGGCAAGCACUUUGACCUGAUGAUUGGUGACACAAGGACGAGUGGGAAAGAGCUGGUGAAGCAGCUCCUGUCUGAGUCUGUCCUGAAAGAGCAGCCCCGGGUGAUCUUUCCACCAGAGAAAGUAGUGCGCUACAGACAGGCAUUUCUCACGGACUCACACAGGAUUGAAGAGCUGUAUGAUUCGCUAUUACAAGCUGUUGCUUUCUAUGAGUUAGUUUUUGACAAUGGCUUUGAAUUCCGGUAGUAAUGCACAUCUCUGGUGUUGUUAUUGUUAAAAACUGCUCUCAUUUCUGUGUUAAAAGAGAAGAAAACAUGUUGAAUGUAUUUUCUGCGUUUAUGAAGUUAGACUUUUGGCCUUGAAAUAGUAUACACAAUAAGACAAAACCAAAUCAAUAUAUAUUUUAUGAGAUUCUACGCCUUCAGUGUUUAAGUGUUAAACAGUAAGAUGUCACAUACACACAGCAAAAAGUUACUUCCAGUGGGUUGGAAAGAUGGCCAUUAAGCCCUGCAGAGGACCAGAGUUAGGUUCCUAGCACCCAUGCUGGGUGGUGGAAAACUGUAGCUCCAAGAGAUUUGAUACCGUCUUUGGCCCCUGCACACCACACACACACACUUAAAAAUAAGUAGCCGGGUAUGGUGGUCCAUACCUUGAAUC